AUGUCUGAUAAGCGUACAUUGAUCGCUGCAAUUGCUGACGAAGAUACCACAACAGGUCUGCUCCUCGCUGGUGUGGGUCAGAUUACUCCAGAGACUCAGGAUAAGAACUUUUAUGUGUAUCACGAGGGAAAGUCUACGAGAGAACAGAUAACUCAGGCAUUCGAUAAUUUUACGUCAAAAAGGGACGAUAUUGCCAUUCUAUUGAUCAACCAGCACAUUGCAGAACUUAUUAGAUCGCAUGUUGAUAACUUUACGGAUGCAUUCCCAGCGAUUUUGGAGAUUCCAUCAAAGGACCACCCAUAUGAUCCAGAGAAGGACUCGGUGUUGAAGAGAGUCAGAAGACUCUUUGGAGAGUAA